AUGGCUGUUCCCCCCGCGGCAGCAGCGGCUGCAGUCAGUUAUUCCUUCACUGCGAUGCUGUCCUCCUUCCUCCUCCUCGUCUUCCUCCCUCUCUGUCUGGGGUGUCAGACCAGCUCGUUCACCGAGUGUCAGAAGGUCCCCUUCGUGCCGGGUCACAAUCUGGUCGGCGAGGGUUUCGAUGUGGUGAAGCUGCAGACCAGCGGGGCCCUUGUGGUCAACGUGAAGGACUACAUGGUGGGGGGUGCUCAGGGGAACUGCACCGUGUGCCACAACCGCCUCCUCAACCAGAUCCAGAAGCUGCCCGUUUCAGUGCUCGACUGGCGCAUCAAGGUGCAGUGCGAGCACAGCCUCAGCAGCAAGCUCUUUGAGUCCAGCCAGUCAGUGAUGAAGGAGAGGAGUUCAUCGCUGGGAGUCAGCUGGAAGGUGGGCCUCGGCAUUAAGGGAAUUGCUGGUGUCGCCAUCGGAGGAUCUCACUCCAUGUCAUCAACGUUUGCAGAGUCUCGCAGCCGGAGUGAUAAGUUUAGCUUCACUAGCCACGAAUUCAAAUGCAAAUACUACACCUUCCGUCUUCACUCCCGUCCCCCACUGAGCAAAGAGUUUGAGGUCUCCCUGAAGAACCUUCCCUCCACCUAUGAUCACAAAAACACCUCCGCCUUCCGUCAGUUUAUCUCCAUCUACGGGACCCACUUUAUCCGCAGAGUUCAACUCGGGGGUCGGGUUCACUCCAUGACCGCAAUCCGGACCUGCCAAACCUCCAUGUCUGGACUGUCAAUCCAGGCUGUCAGCACCUGUCUGUCUGCCGAAGCCAGCGCAACCAUUAAGGGCAUCCCUGUUCACGCCUCCAGUGAGUUCUGCCGCCGGAAGAGCAAGAGCCUUAAAACCGCUUCAACCUUCAGUGCGGCCUUCUCCGACAGGAAGACCCAGGUGCUGGGCGGAGAUGGGGGUAUAACGGACAUCCUGUUCAAUCCCAGAGGGUCUGAGGGGUAUAAGAAAUGGCUUGCGUCUCUGAAGAGUGUCCCAGGAGUGGUUUCCUACCAGAUCAGCCCUCUGCACUUAUUGAUAAGAGACAAUCCCAUCCUAAAGGCCAGCCUGCGAGACGCCAUCAGUGACUACAUUCUCACAAGCGCCAAGCCGCUCCACUGCCCCGUCAACUGCAAGAUUGGCCACCGGAAGCAGAACUGCGCGUGCCAAUGUCAAGGUCAUCGAAUGGUUGACUCCCAUUGCUGUCCUGCCGCGGCAGGUGUAGCUCAGAUGAACGUGACGGUGGUCCGAGCUGAGGCACUGUGGGGCGACUAUUUCAGCAAGACAGACGGAUAUGUUAAAGUUUUCUACAACAACCAAGGAGGCACGACGCCAGUGAUCUGGAACAACAACUUCCCCCAGUGGAACUACCUCUUUACUUUUGGAAGCAUCAACCUCAAAGAACGAAAACCCGUUGUUUUCGAGGUUUGGGAUCGGGACAGCAUCUGGGACGAUGACCUGCUGGGGAAAGUGUCUGUCAUCCCCACGAUGGGUCGAAACAUCAACAAGAAGUUCAAGCUGAAGCACGGCUCAGUGCUGGUCCGCCUGUCUGUCGUGUGCGGUCCCAGCCUGGAGGGGUCGCUGUGCGAGCGCUACAUCCCCUCGCCUACCUACCAGGACGUGAUGGGAUAUGCAAAGAACCACCAGGGUUACUGA